AGACAACAAUAUAAACGUAAUAUGAUUUCAGGAACAAAUAUGUCAAAGUUAUCCGCAGCAUUCCGGCCUUCUGCGCCAAAUGAUAGAACAUUUAAAUCUGUUAGUAAAGCUAAUGAAUACUUUGCUAAAAAAGAAUAUAAAUUAGCUAUAGAUGAAUAUACAAAAGCAUUAACAUUAGCACAACCAAGUUUAGAUAAAAAAACCGCAACAGCAUUUUCAGCAUUAAUAUUUUCAAAUAGAAGUGCAAGUUAUUAUCAAUGUAAUAAAUGGGUUGAAGCUGUUAAAGAUGCAGAUCAAGUGAUUCGUAUAAAACCUGAAUGGCCAAAAGUAAAUUUUGGAAAAUAUGAUGAGGCUUUAGAAGAUUAUUAUACAGCACAAAGAAAGGACCCUCAAAAUCCACAAAUAACAUUACGAAUUGCCAAAGCUUUAAUAUUAAAAGAUAAUCAAGAUAUGAAACUAGAAAUUUAUGCAUUAGAACCUGGAAAAGAUAUAUGUUUGCAUACAAAGACAAAUCCUAUACAAAAUAAAAUAUUUGAUUUUGCAAUCGAUAUGAAAAAUAUAAUUUAUAUCAUAGCAGAUCUUGAAACACGUAAAUGUGUAGUUAUAGAUGCAUGUUGGGAUGUUGAUGGAAUAUUGAGAUUUAUUAAAAAAAAAAAAUUAGACCUUGUUGGAGCUAUUGUAACACAUUAUCAUUUUGAUCAUGUAGGAGGUAUACCACCAUCUCCAUAUGAUCAAUUUCGUAUAAAAGUAUCAGGAAUAUAUAGUUUAAUGCGUCGUGUACCAAAGUUAUCAGUAUAUAUAAAUCCAGAAGAUAUUCCACAUGUAUUAAAAUCAAAUCCUGGAAUGUCAGAGUUGAAAAGACGUAUAAUUUCAACACCAAAUAAAUUUACAUUAAAAUUAGGUAAUUUAACAAAUUUACAAUUUAUACAUGUACCUGGACACACAGAGGGUAGUCAAAUUAUACUUGUCAAUGAAACAAGAUUAUUCACUGGUGAUACAUUAAUGGUUGGGUGUGUAGGUAGAAUAGAUUUACCUGGUGGAGAUAUUAAAGAAAUGAAAAAAACUUUAAAAGAAAGAUUAAGUGAUUUGGAGGAUGGUACUGUUGUAUAUCCUGGUCAUAAUUAUGGUGGAGAAUGGACUACAAUUGGUAUGGAAAGAGACAAAGGUAUUAUUGGAAAAUUUAAAAGAAAGUAGAAAACAAAACAUUUGGUUAUAUAUUAUAGAAUAAGAGUGGACUUUUUUUGCAUUUAUUAAAAUAAUUCUUUCUUCAAUUGUAUUUAUUAUCAAAAACCAAAAAAAAAAAAAA